GCCCGGCCGCCGAGGCGAUGGCCGCGGAGGAGGCGUCGCCGAGCGUGGACCAGUACAAGACGGAGAUCGAGAGGCUGACCAAGGAGCUGACCGAGACCACCCACGAGAAGAUCCAGGCGGCCGAGUACGGGCUGGUGGUGCUGGAGGAGAAGCUGACCCUCAAGCAGCAGUAUGACGAGCUGGAGGCCGAGUACGACAGCCUCAAGCAGGAGCUGGAGCAGCUCAAAGAGGCCUUUGGGCAGUCCUUCUCCAUCCACCGCAAAGUCGCUGAGGAUGGAGAGACACGGGAGGAGACGCUCCUUCAGGAGUCGGCAUCGAAGGAAGCCUUUUACCUGGGCAAGAUCCUGGAGAUGCAGAACGAGCUGAAGCAGAGCCGGGCCGUGGUCACCAACGUGCAGGCGGAGAACGAGCGGCUGGCGGCUGUGGUACAGGACCUGAAGGAGAACAACGAGAUGGGGGAGCUCCAGAGAAUACGGAUGAAAGAUGAAAUCCGAGAGUACAAGUUCCGAGAGGCCCGGCUGCUGCAGGACUACACAGAGCUGGAGGAGGAGAACAUCACGUUGCAGAAGCUGGUGUCCACGUUAAAACAGAACCAGGUGGAAUAUGAAGGCCUGAAGCACGAGAUCAAGCGCUUCGAGGAGGAGACGGCGUUGCUCAACAGCCAGCUGGAAGACGCGCUGCGGCUGAAGGAGAUUGCGGAGCACCAGCUGGAGGAGGCCCUGGAGACGCUGAAGAACGAGCGGGAGCAGAAGAACAGCCUGCGCAAGGAGCUGUCGCAGUACAUCACGCUCAGCGACAGCCACCUGGGGCUCUCGGUGGACGGGCUCAAGUUCCCCGAGGAUGGCGCCGAGCCCAACAACGACGACAAGAUGAACGGGCACUUGCACGCGCCCCUGGUGAAGCUGGGCGGGGACUUCCGUGCGCCCCCGCUGCGGCGUGGCGAGGCCUUGCACCCGGCCUCGGACCUCUUCAGCGAGCUCAACAUCUCGGAAAUCCAGAAGCUGAAGCAGCAGCUCAUGCAGGUAGAGCGGGAAAAGGCUAUUCUCCUUGCCAAUCUCCAGGAGUCACAGACGCAGCUGGAGCACACCAAGGGGGCACUGACGGAGCAGCAUGAGCGGGUGCACCUGCUUACAGAGCAUGUCAAUGCCAUGAGGAGCUUGCAGAGCAGCAGGGAGCUCAAGGCAGAGCUGGAUGGGGAGAAGGGCCGGGACUCUGGGGAGGAGGCCCACGACUAUGAGGUAGACAUCAAUGGCUUAGAAAUCUUGGAGUGCAAAUACCGGGUGGCGGUGACAGAGGUUAUUGACUUGAAAGCUGAGAUUAAGGCCUUAAAAGAGAAAUACAAUAAGUCAGUAGAAAACUACACAGAAGAGAAGACCAAGUAUGAGAGUAAGAUCCAGAUGUAUGAUGAGCAGGUGACAAGCCUCGAGAAGACCACCAAGGAAAGUGGUGAGAAGAUGGCCCACAUAGAGAAGGAGUUGCAAAAGAUGACCAGCAUUGCCAACGAAAAUCACAAUACACUCAACACCGCCCAGGAUGAGUUGGUGACAUUUAGUGAGGAACUUGCUCAGCUUUACCACCAUGUGUGUUUGUGUAACAAUGAAACCCCUAACAGGGUCAUGCUGGACUACUACAGGCAGAGCAGAGUCACCCGCAGUGGCAGCCUGAAAGGGCCUGAUGACCCAAGGGGACUGUUGUCUCCACGGUUAGCCAGGCGGGGUGUGUCAUCCCCCGUAGAAACAAGGACCUCAUCUGAACCUGUGUCAAAAGAAAACACAGAGGCCAGCAAAGAGCCAAGUCCAACCAAGACCCCCACCAUCUCUCCUGUUAUUACUGCCCCACCAUCAUCUCCAGUAUUGGACACAAGUGAUAUCCGCAAAGAGCCAAUGAAUAUCUACAACCUCAAUGCCAUAAUUCGGGACCAAAUCAAGCAUCUACAAAAAGCUGUGGAUCGAUCCUUGCAACUGUCUCGUCAAAGGGCAGCAGCACGGGAACUGGCCCCCAUGAUUGACAAGGACAAGGAAGCCUUAAUGGAAGAGAUCCUUAAGCUCAAGUCUCUGCUGAGCACCAAACGGGAGCAGAUAGCCACAUUGAGAGCAGUGUUAAAAGCUAACAAACAGACGGCGGAGGUGGCCCUGGCGAACCUCAAGAACAAAUACGAAAAUGAAAAGGCGAUGGUGACUGAAACGAUGACGAAGCUGAGGAACGAACUGAAGGCUUUGAAAGAAGACGCCGCGACCUUCUCGUCCCUAAGAGCCAUGUUCGCAACCAGAUGCGACGAGUAUGUCACACAGCUGGAUGAGAUGCAGAGGCAGUUAGCGGCAGCAGAGGAUGAGAAGAAGACUCUAAACAGUUUGUUGCGCAUGGCGAUCCAGCAAAAGCUUGCCCUGACCCAGCGGCUGGAGGACUUAGAGUUUGACCACGAGCAGUCCCGGCGCAACAAAGGCAAACUGGGAAAGAGCAAGAUCGGCAGCCCUAAAGUAAGUGGGGAGGCGUCCGUCACCGUGCCUACCGUAGCCGCCGCGUGCCUCCUGCAUAGACAGGGCCCACAGACACCCAGCAUGCGGGUCGGCAGUGGCGCUCAGAGGAAAAGACAAUUUUCACCUUCCCUUUGUGAUCAGAGCCGUCCCAGGACACCAGGGGCUUCCUACCUACAGAGUUUAUUAAGCGUUGCCCCUGGUCCCACCUCCACAGAGUCAUUUCUUCUGAAGGGCCCCCCUUCCAUGAGUGAAUUCAUCCAGGGGCACCGGCUCAGCAAGGAAAAAAGGUUAACCGUGGCUCCACCAGAUUGUCAGCAGCCUGCUGCCUCCGUACCGACACAGUGCUCACAACUAGCGAGGAGGCCAGACAGCCCGACUGGCAGUCCUGACCCAGAGGCCCCGGAGGGGGAGCCUCAGGACAGCCCCCCGUGCGCCCCGCUCCACUGUCUCUCCAAGCCGCCUCUCCCCUAGUGCCGCCUCCCCAGAACCACGUCAGGCGCACCCACAAGAUACUGCCCAGGAGCUGCUGUUCCCUUCUCGGUCCUUCGAUGCAGGGUUGGAUCAGUGUCCAUCAUUUUGGAAGACGAUAACUGAGAAGAGUGACACCAAGCACAGACUCUGGUGUGAUCCAACCCUUUGUGGGUUUCUCUAAAUCACAGACAGGCUUCUACCAUCAAGUAUGUACUGUCCAGCUAAUGAACAGAGCAGGAAACCUAUCUCAAGUGGCUGGGGUGGCAUGGGAGAGGCUGAAGACCAUGUAAAAACAUAUAUCGUGAACUCACCCCUCCAUGUGCUUCCAAUUCGGCUGUAGAAGUCGAUUCCAACACAUCGUGUCUCAGAUAUUUAUUUUGUACUCUGUUUGCCACAUGACUGGUGUCGGUAGCAAUCACCUCCAGAGAGAGGAACUCAAUUCCUUUCUUUUUAGAUAGCAUCAUUUGCUCAGUGGCAUGAGCGUUUUCCUUUGGUCGGAAAUCUGGGAUCAGCCAGAUUGUGGCCGUUUUUUCUUGCACAACAUGAUGGGCGAGGUGCUUUGGAAUGUUCCAGUAACUGGGUCUUGCUGAUACUCAGAGGUUGUUCAUGCACUUACUUUCUAAUCAGUGGCAUAUUAACUGCUGUGUUUUUGUUUUUUUUUUUUUUUAAACUAGAAUUCUCCACUGGACAUUACUAAGUAAAUCUAAGAAAGGACUGUGUGAUGAUUGAUUGACUUAUUCAACUUUCGAUGACAUCUUUCAUUUUUUUUUUAAACUGCAGACAAGCAGACGCUCUGGUGCUGUUGUGCAUGUGUGGGUGUGGGUGCGAGAGAAGAUUCGGGAAAGGUCUCAAGUCCAAGAGGAAGCUGUCUACAUAGAUUUCAGUCAGACUUUGUUAGUUGGUUCAACCAGAAAGCAUUCAAGUGUGAUUAAAGUAUAUGUUUUGUUGUUGUUAGAUUUUUUUCAUAAUGAAUCUUCCUUGCCAAAAAAAAAAAACAACAAACCACUCAAAACAGAACCAAGAGAUAAUAAACCUUAACUCAUUGUCUACUUUUUAACAAACACUCAGGUGCCUAUAAUCGUUCUAGUCUACUGAGAUGCUCCAUGUUUCUCCUUUAUUUACAGACCCUGCUGGGUAACUUUUAUGACUUGAUUUAGGCAGUGGGUUUUCAUAGUAACGUUUCUUUUGCACAUCAUCUGACAAACAAGGAAAACAGCGAAUCCAGCCAAAAGGUCUGACCCUCCUGGGCUCCCCACCAACCCAGGGGCCCCCACGUUGCUUCUUAGUCCUGCUUCCUUGUCUGGUCAGGUCGCCUUAACUGAUUUAAAACCAGGAUGCUCUGGUCUUUCCAUGUACCUUCUCUUUCAAACAAGGACAGUCCUCACACAAAAGAUGUUUAACAAUCAGGGACUUGACAGGGCCCAGUGGGAUCCCCCAGCUCACUGUGUGCUAUGGUAGCAGGUACCUUGGCAGGCAGUUCAUGGAGCACAGGGUGGGGCUUUCAGCCACCACACAUGGUGGACAGCGGGCGCCAUGACCAAAGCAGCAGAGAGGCUUCUGGUCUCUUAGGUGAGUGCUAUUUACAGCCCUGUCAUUCAUUAUGCAAGUUGGCAUAGCUGGCAUUCCCCACUCAAAUAGGAUUCGGGUGCAAGCACAGGAAGGCUCGCAGCAAACUUCACCCAGAAGGCUGCUCCUUCCCUCCCUGGUGCCUGGUUGCAGACACCCUGCCCUCCUGUGGUGGGUGCAGGUCCUCCCUGCCAGUGGGCUUGGGUAGGGUAUUUGGGGGAAGCAUCCCUGCCCACCUGCCCACUCUUUCUGCAUUCCCCCCCCCCCAAGCUUAGGCAUUUGGGAGGCAUAGGUGCUUUGCUGACCUGACAUGAAACUGUGCCUGAGGGACAUUGAUGCCUUUCUAAAAAGUACCUCGUAUACCACCUUAGGCUGCCUGUGUCCCUGGGGUGUGGGGUCAGCAGGGUGAAGAAGCGCUCAAGCCCCCUCUGGGUUCACUGCCCACGGACAAGACCCCUGCCUCCCACAGUGUAACAUCCAUCUUUGUCUAUUAUAAAUAGGUUUUACUUCUUUCUGUUCUUUCUGUUAAGAAGAUGGGGGAAGGCUGGUUUUGAAAUGUUUUAUCCUACCAAAGGUCCAUAUGAAAAAAAUUGGUGGCCAAGGAGAUAUAGAACUUGGAUACAAAGUCCUCAUUUUCAGCACAGAGUCAGGCAGCCACCCCUGAGCAGUAAGAGCUGGGGUGUCCACAAUGGUGGUUCAUGCAGGGUGGAGCGGAGUCAUCCUCAAGUUAUUGCCAAUGAUAAGUAUGUGCAACACCAGUAUCUUCUGUCCCCAUGAGCAGCAUAAAGGAUUCAAAAAGACAUGGGAAAUGCAAAAAACUAGCAAAGAUCAAAAAGAAUGAACCUCGGUAAGACCAAUUGAAAACACACCUGGGAAAGAAAAACCCACUGCAGGAACUCGAAGAUGCUGCUUAUUAUCACAAAGAUGUAAAGUGACUAGUGAGAGCACUUCACAAAGGAGCCAGGUCACUUUUUUUUUUUUUUAAGUAAGCACAAUUGUUGUACUGAUAAGAAAUCCUGUUCUUAUUGGAAAAUAAAACCAAGAGAUGCAAUAUAGCCUCUGGACUGGGGCACAGAGGGGCAUAGGACCCUCAGCCCACCAGCUAGGGACUUCUCAGCUCCCACCCAUUUCUGUCCAAGAAUUGGAACUUGGAGAACUUUGAGAAAAAUGAAAGUUAUUAAAUAAUUGAGAACUCCAUUUCAGAAGAUUGUUAGUUUUAGGAAGAGGAGAUGUGACUGAUCUUCAAGAAAAGAAAGUAACAAUCUAUAGUAGCUGAUCCAGAUGUUACUGCUAAAACUAGAAUAAGGGGACUAGAAUAAGCUUUAAAAGCAUGAAGGAUUUAUAUUAACUCUAGAAAAGAGAGUACAGCUCAGAAUUGAUAACCACAAGGAAUAUUUUUAAUUAAGUGUUGGUUUGUUUAGCAAAUUAAGUGGCAGGAUAGCUUGUGAUAACAUAUCUUAAUUCUGGGAUUCAAAAAGCCUAUGAUCUUCUUACAUUUCAAGUUACUUACACUGGUUAGUCAGAAAAUAUUUUCUCCCUUGAAAAUAGGGUUGCAGCCUUCAUUUUCCCAUAGUAUUUCAUAAGAGCAAAAUCAAACAAAAUGAUUGGUAUCAGCUCCCUCCCAACUCUGUUCCAAGCUAUCUUUAAAAUUCUCCAAAUUGCAGAAAUUUAACAGUUGUCAUAUCCUAAAAAGCCAAUGUCUAUAGGAAUACUCCAGAAAUAGAAGCAUACAAUCCCUUCUUGGGAGGAAUAAAUGCCUCUCAAGUUUUAACUCUUCUUAAGAAGAUCUUCCACUCACAAUAUUUGCUUUUCCAAGCUUUGGAGACUGUUUCUGGACAGAGAUGGGCCUUCCGCUUCAAACAAGCAUGGAGUAUUGGGCAGGUGCCGGUGAUGAGUGUGGCUAUUUCUUGAGCUACCAUGACAGAUCUCAUGUGGAAAUGACAGAACAUGAGAAAGAAAAAAUGGAACCUGCUUUCUGCCAGGGAAACAAAGACAUAUCUAUCAUAUGAUGGUUACAAUCCUUCAGCCGAAAGAGGUAACUGACUCUGGGGAUGUGUGGGGCUGCGGGUCCUGGAGGCUUGUCUUGUAGGCCCCUCUGGGCAUGUAGCCUAAGGUGCUGCAGCCAUGGGAUGCUGUGGUGGGGAGCAGGGCUGGACCAGAGAGGCCCUCUAAGCACACAGAUCACAGAUUUUAAAAUGUUCCUCCAGUUCGUGUGUGUUUGCUAAAAUCACACAUUAAAGUGAUUUUAAAUAAUCCUUCUAUGGCAGAUUGUAGAGUAAACUUUCCAAGAAUAUGUUUUCAUACAGAGGAAACAGUUCAUCCCAAAGCUGCUGACCUGGAGUGUGACAUUCUGGCCGGUGGGAUAGAGACUGUCUUUCACUUUAUCAGCGAUUUGGUGGGCAUCAAGGACCUCAUGCCCAGUCGCCCUUUCUAUAAUCUCCAGGUGAGCUGUGACCAGGGGAGCGCUGGUGAAUGAAGGCUGAGAACAUCUUUUUAUCUUAACGCCGUUCUCAUUCACAAUCUGCUCUUUACAGUUCUCCAGUGAAAACACUGCAAAGGGAAGCAGGAGAUUUCCAGGUUUUUCUCUUUCAGAAGUCAUCUUGAAGCAGAGAUCAGAAACUCUAAAAAGAGACAUGUUCUCAUGGAGUUGACAGAUAGUCAAUGGUGAUGGAGACAAAAUGAACCAUUUUGUUAUUUGUGUUUAUAGGUAGGAUUGGGCACUAAACCUUAGAGGAAAUAGAUUAUUUUAACUUGAUUGCAACCGAAUAUUUAAUGGAUUGGUUUGACUGUUAGAGUCCAUUCAACAAUUCUUUGAAAAUUUCUGAUGACUUUUUUUUUUAAGUAAUCUCCAUGUUUUCAAUUGCAUGAUUCUGCAUCGACAGUGAACCACACAGGAUUGGGAUACUGUGUUUCUCUGCAGUAUUAACAUAUGUGUCAUGUGCUAGCCUGGUUUGUAUACUGUGUGAUUAUUGUUGCAAUGACCUUGCUCUUCCCACAUGGAAUCGCCAUCUUGUUACGCCUUUUGGGGUUCAAUGAUAUAAACUGUUUCCACCUGAUCAUAAUACCCUAUAUGACACCAUGACCCAAAAAACUGACUUAAGAAAACUUUGUUGCUAUUUUUUGAAAUCUAAAUUUCAAAGGACACUUGUUUUCAAAGACACAUGCAUUUAUUUUACCUUCCAAAAAUUCCUGAAUGUAUUAUUGCUUGUCCUUUCACAUUUUCUUAUUGUAGACAAUCUAAGGGUGUGGCUCCUGGGAGAGUCCCUAUGGUAUGUGCUUGUAUUUGUGUGAUCUGGUCCCUGUACUCCUCCAUGUUUGCAAAACUCACCCCCGUACUACGAAAAUAACCAGAAGCCACCACAUCCACCCCCUGUACCUUGGUUUAUGUUACAGCUGAAUCUUAACCUUAUGUCAUGCAUAACUCUUUGCAGUAAAUAAACGGGUUAUUUUUUGUUU